AUGGCACAGCAGAGAUCUGUGCACGACCACCUCCUCUUUGAGGUCGCUUGGGAGGUUGCAAACAAAGUCGGCGGCAUCUACACCGUCAUCAAGACCAAGGCUCCGGUCACCUGCGCCGAGUAUGGAGAUCGAUACACGCUCAUGGGACCGCUCAGCUACAAGUCGGCGCCGAUGGAGGUCGAGGCGAUCGACUGGGAGAAGCCGACGCCCCUGAACGAGGAUGGCACGCCUACGACAACCAACGUCGCGAACGCCGCGCUCGUCGGCACGCUCUCGUCGAUGCGCGACCGGGGCGUCAAGUUCCUGUACGGCCGCUGGCUCAUCGAAGGCGGCCCGAAGGUCCUCCUCUUCGAUACGGGAUCGGUCUGGAACCGCCUCGACGAGUGGAAGACGGACCUGUGGAACCUUGCGGGCAUCCCGACUCCGGCCAACGACACCGAGACGAACGAGACGGUCCUCCUCGGGUACCUCGUCGCGUGGUUCCUCGGCGAGUUUUCGGCGCGGGAGAGGUCGAGGGCGAUCGUGGCCCACUUGCACGAGUGGCAGGCUGGAUUGGCGAUCCCGUUGUGCAGGAAGCGUCACAUCGACGUGACGACCGUCUUCACGACCCACGCGACGCUCCUCGGUCGCUACUUGUGCGCAGGCUCGGUCGACUUCUACAACAACCUGGCGUACUUUGACGUCGACCACGAGGCGGGCAAGCGCGGCAUCUACCACCGGUACUGCAUCGAGCGGUCGGCAGCACAUUGCGCAGACGUCUUUACGACCGUCUCGCACAUCACGGCGUACGAGGCCGAGCACUUGCUCAAGCGCAAGCCAGACGGCGUCACGCCGAACGGUCUCAACGUGACCAAGUUCUCGGCGAUGCACGAGUUCCAGAACCUGCACGCCGUGUCGAAGCAAAAGAUCAAUGACUUCAUCCGAGGUCAUUUCUAUGGCCAUUACGACUUUGACCUGGACAACACCCUGUACUUCUUCACCGCCGGCCGGUACGAGUACAGGAACAAGGGUCUCGACAUGUACAUCGAGUCGCUCGCCCGUCUCAACCACCGCCUCCAGCAGUCGGGCACGAAGCAGACGGUCGUCGCCUUCAUCAUCUCGCCCGCCGCGACGCACUCGUACACGAUCGAGGCGCUCAAGGGUCAGGCCGUGACGAAGCAGCUGCGCGACACGGUCACCGAGAUCCAGAACCGCAUCGGCGCGCGCCUGUUCGAGCGGACCGCGCGCUACAACGGCGAGCACGGCACCGAAGUCCCGGACCCCGCCGAGCUCCUCUCGACCGAGGACAAGAUUCUCCUCAAGCGCCGCGUGUUUGCCCUCCGCCGCAACUCGCUCCCGCCCGUCGUCACGCACAACAUGGCCGACGACGCGAACGACCCCAUCUUGAACCAGGUCCGCCGCGUGCAGCUCUUCAACCGCUCGUCCGACCGCGUCAAGAUCAUCUUCCACCCCGAGUUCCUCAACGCCAACAACCCCAUCCUCGGUCUCGACUACGAGGAGUUUGUCCGCGGUUGCCACCUCGGCGUCUUCCCGUCGUACUACGAGCCGUGGGGAUACACGCCCGCCGAGUGCACCGUCAUGGGUGUCCCGUCGAUCACGACCAACCUCUCCGGCUUUGGCGGCUUCAUGGAGGACCUGCUCGAGGACUCGCAGGACUACGGCAUCUACAUCGUCGACCGCAGGAUGAAGUCGGUCGAGGACUCGGUCAACCAGCUCACCGACCAGAUGCUCUCGUUCUGCCAGAAGACGAGGCGGCAGCGCAUCAACCAGCGCAACCGCACCGAGCGCCUCAGCGACCUCCUCGACUGGAAGCGCAUGGGUCUCGAGUAUGCCAAGGCGAGGCAGCUCGCCCUCCGCCGCGCGUACCCGGACGCGUUCGAGGACGACGACUUUGACUUCGAGUCCGGCCAGGUCCGCCUCCCUCGCCCGCUGUCUGCCCCGGCGAGCCCGCGCUUCACGACGGGAGUUGUCACCCCGGGCGAGUUUGCCACCUUGACGGAGGAGAUGCAGGGUCUCGGAACCUCGGACUACAUGGGCGCACAGCAGACGUGGGAGUCGCUCAUCCGCGGCAAAGACGAGGAGGAGGAAGAGUCGGGCUACCCGUUCCCGCUCGUGCUCAAGCGAAAGGGCGGUCCUGGCUCGGUUAGCGGCACGACCUCAGGAGGCUCAACUCCCGGGGGCAUCUUCCCGAACGGUCGAGGCAAGUCGCUCAGCGAGCACGACCUCGCCCGAGCCGACGAGGCCCUUUCGAACCACUCGACCCAGUAG